AUGCUCAAUAUCAUUAUGAGUCAGGCAUUAGGGAAAUGCAAAUAGAAACCACAAUGAUAUACAUCACACCAAAGAUGGCUAUCAUUAAAAGGAAAAAAAAAGAACAGUAAAAUAAUAGGUGUUGGUAAAAAUAUAAAAAGUUGGAAUCUUCGUAUAUUACUGAUGGUAAUGCCACAUAGCGCAGCUUCUGUGAACGGUUUGGCAGUUCCUCAAUGUUAAACAUAGGGUGACCAUAUGACCCAGCGAUUUCAUUCCUAGGUAUCUACUCAAGAGAAAUGAAAACACAUGUUGACACAAGGACUAUGAUGUACAGGAAUGUCGAAGGCAGCAUUAUUCAUAAGAACCAAAAGGUGAAAACAGCCCAAAUGUCCCUCAGCAGGCGAAUGGAUAAACAAAAUGUGGUCUCUCCAAACUGCAGUAUUACUCAGCCCUAGAAAGGAAGGAGGUAGUUACACACUAUAACACGGAUGAACCUUGAAAACAUGAGGCUAAGUGAAAGAAGCCAGACACAAAAGGACAAAUAUUGUAUGAUUCCAUUUAAUAUGAAAUACUUAGAAGAAGCAAAUCCAUAGAUACAGAAAGCCUAUUAGUGGUUGCUAGGGGAUGGGCCAGAGGGGGAAUGGGGAUUGACUGCCUAGUGGGUAUGGGGUUUCCUUUGGGGUGAGGAAAAAGUUGAAAAUCAGAUAACAGUGCUAGUUGCACUAUGAAUAUAGUUGCAUUGUGAAUAUACUACAAAUCACAAAAUUGCACAUUUUAAACGGGUGAAUUUGGAGGUUUGUAAAUUGUAUCUCAAUUAAGAUGUUGCACUUCCAAAUUAUAGGAACCAGAAUCAUCUUAUCCCAUUUAUUUCUCAAACCUGUGCCCAGAAGCCCUUACUGUUUGGCCAGCAGUAGGCUAGAUACUAGAUGCCUUGAGGAUGGAGAGAGAAAUGAGACUGCUUCAGUCUAAAAUGGGAUCUUGGUGCUAAAGUGGUUAUAUUUGCAGACAGUGAUUAAAACCCGUGACUUGGGUUAAAGAGAUCCACACUGGAAUCCACUGGUUAGAAUCCUGAGAUUGUUUGACCUUGGGCUCAUUUCUCCUUUCUAGAUCUGUCAAAUGGGGAUAAUAAUUAGCACUUUUUUUUCAUAUGGGAAGCGCUCGGCACCUACUAGGAGCUACAGCGGUUACAGCCCCUCCCCCCACACCGGGUUGCGAUGGAAAGUGUACUAUUAUCCUAUUUUACAGCUGCGAGCACAGCUGGGUCAGAAGAGAAAACCCAGGUCGUCCCCGCCCGAGUCAGGGUCUCGGAUUCCCGGUCGGUAAAGUCCCAGACACCUGCUAGCGGUGGGUUUCGGGAGCGCCUGCGUGCCGCGCGCCCCCGCCGGGACGAGCACGCGCCCGGCCCUGGCGCGCACGCGCGUCUGUCCCGUCGGUUGCCUAGUUUGGGGGCGCCAAGCGGCCAUGGAGAAGCCGGGUGUGACCCUGAGCGCCGCGGUCCAGGAGCACCUGAGGCACUUGUGUCUGCGCGAGUUCCCAUGCGGCACCGGCAGCUGGAAUAAGUCACGCUUUCUUCCUCGAACUUGGCGAACAUGGAGGGAGCUGGUCCCCAGAGAAGAGGAGGCUGUGAACCCUGGGGAGGAGACAGUGGAGGCGCUGCUGGACCUGGUCCGCAGCCCCCACUCACCCUGGGCUCUGCUGGAGGGCUCCAAUGCAGAGGACCGUUUUCUGAGGGAACUGGCCAUCCAGAAUCCCCUGGUGCUCAAAGACACCUUCUUCUACUCGUACUUCAGGUCCCUACGGGUGGUGGACAAGCAGGUGAGCCUGGUGGAUAAAGGUCUCCUGAAAUUUCUGAAACUUGAAGAGUUGGUACUGAGUGCCAAUCAAAUCAAGGAGAUCGACGCUGUCAACUUGCCCCCAACUCUCAAGGUGCUGGAGCUCUACGGCAACAAGAUGAGCAGCAUGGAGUGUCUGUGGACUCGCCCGCCCCCACAUCUCCAGCACUUGGGGUUGGGUCAGAACAAGCUUCUGGGCCCUUUAGAAAGUCUGUAUGUCACCGCAGAUCACUGGCCCAACCUUGUCUCUCUGGACCUGAGCUUCAACGACCUGACGGACCUGCAGGGCAUGAUCGCCAGCCUCAGCACCCUCCCCCACCUGCGGCUGCUCGUGCUGCAGGGGAACCCGCUGGCCCUGGUGCCCUACUACCGAGGCUUCACCAUCGACAGCCUGUCCCAGCUCUGCGUGCUGGACGACAUCACCGUGUCGCCCAGUGAGAAGCAUCAGUUCCGGGGGCUCAGCCACAGUGGGGACCUCUUGGCACGUGAGGCACAGUUCGUGGUGACUAUUGGAAAUGUCAAGGGGGUUCUGGACACCUCUAUCCUGGACCCGGAACCAGGGCCUCAAGGCCCUUUUAUCACUUACAACUAUUACGUGACCUACGAUUUUGUGGAAGAUGAAGAAGGAGAAGGAAGUGAUUACGGUGGUGUGCUGGCCGAGAUUGUCAAGCCCUCGCCCAGCACCGAACAGCUGGUCGAGGACAUUCCUGAAGAGCUCUUCGAGGAGGCUGAAGACUCCGUAGAGUCUGGGCUGUCCACGCUGUCGGGAGAGCUGGAGGGUUCGGUGGCCUCGGGCGGGUCGGGAUCCUUGCCCCAGGUGACAGACUCCGCGGAGGAGCUGGCCAAGCUGCGGCCGCGAAUAGAUCCCCGGCUCUGCCCCUCCCCAGGGACAGUUCUCUUCAGCACCGUCCGCAAGCCUUGGACCAAUGUCAUCCCCUGCAACUAUGAAAUGCAGCACACCCUCAGGGACCUGGUGCCCCUCAAGGCCUUCCUGCUGGCGGGAACCACCGUGACCAUCGUGGAGGAGAAGAUUCUCUCCUGGCCUCUGGUGCCUCCGCCUGUCGACACUGUGUUGCCUGCUAAGAAAGGGGAGAAGGACAAGAAGGGGGAGAAGGACAAAGACAAGAAGGGAAAGGAGGGGAAGGACAAGGCCGGGAAAGUGGAGAAAGAGACGGCACUGAAGGAGCAGAAGGCGUCCAAGAAGAAGGAGCUUCCUAAGGAGCUCCGCCAGGACCCACCCGUCCUGCGGGUGCUGGGCAGCGGCUUUGUGGCCUUGGAGCCCCUGCUGGGGGGGGAGCCACUGGUGUCCAAAGUGUGCAACUUUGGGGUGAUUCGCACCACGGAAACUGACAGGCUGACCUUUCUCAGGGAUGCAAAGAACAAGAACAAGAACGCUAAAAAAGCUCCGGAGGCUGGGAAGUCCAAGACCAAGGUGCCAGUGUCGCUAGAAAAGGAAAAAUCUGCGGUUGCCGCGUACAACGGCGACUACCAGCCCCAGCCGCUGACGGUGGAGGUGCAGAUCCGGCUGAACCAGCACCUCUCGGCCGAGGAGGCGCUCCGGGAGAUCUCCCUGUAGGGCGCGGGAUUAAAGGCUGUUCUGACGACCGUGGCUUC